UCAGGCACAAUCAUGAAGCUGCUGCUGAUGAUCUGCCACAACAUAAAGAGAGAAAGCCACCCUUAACACAUGAUUAGAAUUACAAGUCCAUUUUAACCCCUUGAAACAAGCUUUUAUAUCAGAAAGGUGAAGGACAAUAUUGCCCACUUGGGGCUUAAGUGGGCACUUACCUCAUCCAAAUCAUAAACAGUAUAGGUCCAUGGUGCAAUAAAAAAAGGAAAAAGGCACUGAAGAAGACAAAUAAAAAUUUGCUUGUUUAUCACACAUUAUCCUAUGGCUUUGCUGUCGUAGGAAAAAUUAGAUUUAACAGGUCACUUCAAUAUCAAAUCAUCCUCCAAAUCCUUUGCUUUUUAGCAACUUUCUCUUUCUGUCAAUCAUUUUAGUUAGCUGCUCAUGUUUUCUUUGCUUGCACUGACCCAAUUAACAUGUAGGUAAUAAAUACUUCAGGGCAGCACUUUACACUCAAAAACAGGAAUUUUUGCCAAUAAGGAAAGGAAAGUAGACAACUUUCAUUAUCAUUUCUUCUACUCUCCGCAUAAUACUGUAUUUUGAUAUUUUCUCUGUAAGUUCUCUGUUGAUCUUUCUCUCCCCACUUCAAGUUCUGUUCAAAACUGAGAUAGAGAGAGAGGGAGGGAGGGAGGGAGAGCACCUACCACAGUUUGUAGUUAAUCACCGGAUGUUGUGAGAGUUUACAUAGAGCUAUUGUGGUGGGUAUUUAUGAUCUUUGCCUCACAGAGCCAUUACAUGAAGAUUCACCAUCUGGGUCUUGAAAAUGGAACCUUCACAGAAACCCCAUGUUGUUGUUGAUGUUGUUGAUGAUGAUGGUGACGUAGGGAAAAGCAGUCAUCAUCACCAGUCAGAUGAUAAAGAGCAAAGAAGCUCUUCAAGUGAGUCUGGCGCUAGCAGUGAAAUUGUGAAGGAGAGCAGAUCUUCUGUGUCAGAGGUGGAUCUGGAGCGUCGGGUGUCCGAUAUUAAGGUACAUUUGGUAAAGGUUGAAAGAGACUGCAGGAUUUGUCAUCUUGGCUUGGAUGCUGGGAAUCAGGAUUCUGGUUUGCCUAUUGAGUUGGGUUGUUCGUGCAAGGAUGAUUUGGCUGCUGCUCACAAGCAGUGCGCAGAAGCCUGGUUCAGGAUUAAGGGAAACAAAACCUGUGAGAUUUGUGGAUCGGUUGCACGAAAUGUAGCUGGUCCAAAUGAGGUUGAGUUGGUUGAGCAGUGGAAUGAGGUGAAUGAAACUGCAGUAGCAUCAGCAGCUCCUUCUGUGCACACAAGGGAGACCCGGAACUUUUGGCAGGGCCAUCGAUUCCUGAAUUUCUUGCUAGCAUGUAUGGUUUUUGCCUUUGUCAUCUCUUGGCUCUUUCACUUCAAUGUACCUUCAUAAUCCUGUGAUGAGUAUUGUAAAGAUUUGAUGAUUGAAGAGAUGACAAUCGCCAUAGCUCCUAGCUUAUGCAGGUACCGACUCUGUGCCACGUGCAGCUUAAUUUGUCCAUAAAAGGUUAUUGAUUCUCCUAUCCAUGUGAUGUUUAUAUUAGUAUUAGAUAUGGAAAAAACUGUUCUGUAUAAUCUGUGCUAUGUUGAUGUUGAUUGGAUUUACCCAAUCAAGAGAGAGUAUUAUGUGUUGUUGUAAGCUUUUUAGCUUUGGUAUGCAAUGCUUGUCUUCUCAUUUUCUCAAAA